GAGGUCUGCUCUGUAAUCAUCACUUGCUACAACUGACAAGAUGCUGUCCACAAGACUGACAAUCAUCGCCUUCCUGGCUGCAGCUUGGUUUUGGACAUCUGAAGGAAAAAUCUACUAUGAUGUGGCAUGUCCCGGUGUCAACAGUGAGCUGCGUUGCCCUCAAGGACGAUUGAUUGAAGUGCUAUCCAUGCAAUAUGGUAAGAAGAGUUCUGUUGACUGCGCUGCCAGAAGCCAGCCUGCCACGAGUGUGAGGGCGCAGUGCAUACACUGGAGGAUGAUUGGAUGGGUCAAGAGCAUCUGUGACAACUUGCAACGCUGCCGACUGCCCAAGCCCAAUGUUCAGAUGUUUAUAUGCAAUAAAGAUAAAGAUAACUUCAUUCAGUACAAGUACAAGUGUAACAUCAAAAGUCCUGAUGUGAAAACGGCUGUUUUCUGUGAAGGACAAAAAGCGCUCAUUGAGUGUCCAAGAGGACGCCUCAACAUUUUGCAUUCCACUUUUGGACGUUUCGACGAGUACAUCUGCACGGACAGGGCUUCAACAAUGACCUUCUGUUCAAGUCCCCAAGCUGGAGUCAUUAAAAAAGACUGUGAUGGCUAUAGAAUUUGCAAAUUUCUCUCCAACUCUGGAUACCUGGGAAAACCUGCUUUCUGUGAUGAUCUUCCCAAGUACACCACUGUGGAUUAUGUUUGUCAGUGAUUGGAGAUUUUCUUCUAACAGCAGCAUCCCAGAGAGGAGCAGUGACUUCAUAAGUGGUUUCAUCUAACUGAUCCAUUGGCUUCUUCCAAACACAUAUCAACAAAUAUGUGGUGGAUUAAUUUAUUAAAAGAGUGCAAUAAUUGUG